AACAACACUUGAUGAAUUCGAGUAGUGCGAUGCAAUUAUAAUUUGUUCAUUCAAUUAAAUACGCAAAGCGUUUAUGAAUGUUGAAGUAAUUCUACACUCAAGGAUCGACGAGUAAGCAGGACCAGGAUUAGAAGCGGAAACAGAAGCUCCAACGGUUGUAGUAGCCGAUUAUCGGGUGCCCGGCUCAACCAAGGACAGAGCCGCCUUGUGUGGGCCGAGGAAUCCGAGCCGUGAGGCGUUAAUUUGUUUAGCGCCAUGCGGAUUAAAUUCCGGAUGCGAUGGGAAAACGUCGCCAUAUAACGUUGACACUGAAGAAGGGCAACAGGUUUGGCGAAGUUUUGCUUCAGAGAGAUGGAUGCAGGUUCCAGGUACCAAUGGGAGAGGCGUCGGCUGCAGUCACGACCUAUGGCAGAAAAGAUGGCAGCAUGGAUUUCUUUGCUCCGCUAUGGAUACUCCAGGUGUGGUGUCAGAUCCAGAGAGCAAGGCUCCAUCAACAGGACCGCAUCAGGUGGCCCAAGAGUUUCCCAAGCGUGACGAAGCUCCAUAUAAUGAUGGAUCCGGAUACUGAAGAGAUGCAGCAUACAAAACAUGAGCAAAGCCAGAAAGUUGCCGAGAUGGACCUCGAAGAGGAGACGGGAAAACCAGAACUCCAGGCAGAGGCUCCAGUUGAAACGAUGUUUGGCUUGUAGGCGAGGCGGAGAUUUGACGAAAGUUUUUAUAUAUUUAUUUAUAAACGCCAUAUAACGUUGACACUGAAGAAGGGCAACAGGUUUGGCGAAGUUUUGCUUCAGAGAGAUGGAUGCAGGUUCCAGGUACCAAUGGGAGAGGCGUCGGCUGCAGUCACGACCUAUGGCAGAAAAGAUGGCAGCAUGGAUUUCUUUGCUCCGCUAUGGAUACUCCAGGUGUGGUGUCAGAUCCAGAGAGCAAGGCUCCAUCAACAGGACCGCAUCAGGUGGCCCAAGAGUUUCCCAAGCGUGACGAAGGCAAGGAGGGU